AGCCAGUAGCUGGUCCUGGGAAGCUAACUUGCCAGUGGCACUUGUUAAGUGCUGUCAGAGAAACGGAGAGAAACGUCCAGGUCUUAGGUUCCUGAGCUGCUUAACCAUUGCUGGGUAUUCCAAGUGAAAGAUGACCGUAAUGAGUCACCUGAGAGUGAUUCUACAAGUCUCUUCGCGUACAUUGCCAUGGCAAAGGUGCUGGGUUCCGAGGUUGGUGCCACGGAGGUCCUGCAGUCUCUAUACCUGCACAUACAGAACCAGGAACCGAGGCUUACCUCCACUUUGGGAGAACUUGGAUCUUGUUCCUGCGGGUGAUCGGCAGUCACCCAUCAACAUCCGAUGGAGGGACAGUGUUUAUGACCCUGGCUUAAAACCACUCACCAUUUCUUAUGACCCAGCCACCUGUCUCCACAUCUGGAACAAUGGGUACUCUUUUCUUGUGGAAUUUGAAGAUUCUACAGAUAAAUCAGUGAUUGAAGGAGGACCCCUGGAACACAACUACCGACUGAAGCAGUUUCAUUUUCACUGGGGGGCCAUUGAUGCUUGGGGCUCCGAGCACACCGUGGACAGUAAAUGCUACCCAGCAGAGCUGCACUUGGUACAUUGGAAUGCGGUCAAAUUUGAAAGUUUUGAAGAUGCAGCACUGGAAGAAAAUGGCUUGGCUGUGAUAGGUGUAUUUUUAAAGCUAGGUAAACAUCAUAAAGAACUACAGAAAUUGGUGGACACUUUGCCAUCAAUUAAGCACAAGGACACCCUGGUGAAAUUUGGAUCAUUUGACCCUUCCUGUCUGAUGCCUACUUGCCCAGAUUACUGGACCUACUCUGGGUCUCUCACUACACCGCCCCUCUCAGAGUCUGUUACCUGGAUCAUUAAGAAGCAGCCAGUGGAAGUUGACCGUGACCAGCUUGAGCAGUUUCGGACCCUUCUUUUCACUUCUGAGGGAGAGAAAGAGAAAAGAAUGGUGGACAACUUCCGCCCUCUUCAGCCACUGAUGAAUCGCACCGUCCGCUCAUCCUUCCGCCAUGACUAUGUGCUCAAUAUACAAGUGAGGCCCAAGCCAACAGCCAGCGAAGUCACCCCCUAAGACAGCAUACUUCGGCAGCAUCUUGUCUUAAUGACUAUUAGCCUAAAAUUUUAACUAGAUUAUUUUAAAACACAGCAUUUAAUAAUACUUAAAUAUAUACAUUUCUACUUCUUUCCUUUCAUUUUGGUAACAUUUCAAAAUUCCUAUUGUAAAGCAACUACAAGGAGACAAAACAAGAAAAGCAAAAACCUGUAACCAAAUAAUGUCAAGUUACCUGAGGUCACCCUUUCUUAUGACAGGAUUAAGGCAGAGGAAUCUUCAUUAACUGUUAAAUCUCUCUAAUCUUUUUCUCAGACAGUCAGAAAGACAGUUUAGUUUUCCCUUGGUUAAAUGAGGGCUUAAUGUGAGUUCCUGAUCUUGAUCUUUCUGUUUCAGUCUAAUUCAGGAGCUUAACCCACAACAAGUUCUUGUAAAUUUGAUUUAACAAUGCCUCCCUUUGUUCAAACUGGUGAAUUGUCUCACCUUUCAGUGUUGGUCCAUUCUUAGCUACCAUCAUUUGGAGGUGAAUGGCUCUCAAAGGUUAGGUGUACACUUCCUGGUUUUAGAGUAUUUCAUGUCUUUUUUUUUUUAUAGAGAGGUUUCAUCUAUGUAGCCCUGGCUGUCCUGGAAAUCACUAUGUAAACCAUUCUAGACUUGAACUCACAGAUGUCUGUCUGUCUUUGCCUCCCAAGUGCUGGGAAUAAAGGCUUGUGCCACCACAGCCAGCUUUCAUUCAUCUUAUCAAAUAUAUUUGCUCUUUGACUGAUAAUAGUAUGUGUCAUUGGAAUAUUAACAGAACAUGCAAGUUGU